CCCUCCCCCUCACCCGCCGCCGCUCCCUCGGACGUGUCGCGCGGUCGGCUUCGGCGCUGCCCAUAGGCGCCGAUACGCCCCAGGGUGUCGAGGCCGACUUCAGCCCGGCGCUCGGUGGAGCUCGGUCGUCUUCGGUCGCGUCCGUCCGUCCGUCCGCCGGGCAUCCUCCCCCUCGCUAGUCGUCAGUCGCGCGCUCAUUGAAGCCGCGUGCGUGCGUGCGUGUACUUCGUGCUGCUCCGUUCACAGUUUUUUCCUUCCUCGGCGACCCCGGUCGACGGUGAUCCACUUCGCCUCAUUUACGAUUCCUACCUACGUUCCCUCGUUCCCGCACCCCGUUGUCUCACCGUCGGUAACAACCUCCGCGCGCCCACGACGUUGUGGAUGGAUUUGGAGUCUCGGAGCACGUGUCUCUUUUAGCGCUCUUGUGCUCCGCCUCAUCGGCUAAGAGGGGUUUGAGGGGCGAGAGGAGGGUAACGGACGUUGAUGCUGCGUCGCGCCGCGGUAAUUAAGUCGAUCGACGCAACUUUGUGGUGUGAUAACGAGAAUUGUGCAACCUGUACGUCCCCCGCGCGCGCGCGCGCGCGCCCCCCCGACAAGGAGGCGCUGGCUGUGGAUGCGCGACGUGUUCGUGAGUCACGUCGGGGUGCUGCCGGUGUGUGGGUCACGAGUAAGACGGGCACGAUAAUUCUUGGCCGAUGAGGAGCAGAGCAGCACGAGGACGAGUAGUAGAAGGAGCAGCAGCACGAGCAAGAGCGAGUGGCUUCAUCGUCGUAGAAGGUGGUGGCGGUGUGGAGGAACAGAAGAAGGAACGAGGACGAAGUGGCGGCGGCAGCAGUGGCAGUGGCAACGGCGGCAAAGCGGCGGCGAACAGCCAGGUCCCCCCAUGUUAGCGGACAUCAACGGCAACCUGGCGGAUCUGAGAAGCGAAGCGAUGGCGUCGCAGAGAUUUUGUCUGCGCUGGAACAACCACCAGAGCAAUCUGCUCUCCGUCUUCGACCAGCUGUUGCACGACGAGUCAUUCGUCGAUGUCACGCUGGCCGUUGAGGGCCAGCUACUCAGGGCGCAUAAGAUGGUGCUGUCGGCGUGUAGCCCCUACUUUCAGGCCCUGUUCGUUGGACACCCCGACAAGCACCCGAUAGUCAUUCUCAAGGACGUUCCAUAUGUGGACAUGCGCAGCCUCCUGGACUUCAUGUACCGCGGCGAAGUGAGCGUCGAUCAAGAUCGACUGACCGCCUUUUUGCGAGUCGCCGAGUCGCUGAGGAUAAAGGGCCUGACCGAGGUAAAUGAGGACAAGUGCGAUUUGCCAAGCAUCACGUCCUCGCUGUUGGGCGGCAACCAGAACGCGGUGGCGCCGCCACCGCCCAGUCUCCAUCGGAUCAACCAAAUCGGUCCGCAUCAUCAUCAUGUCGCGCAGAAGAGGUUCCACCAUAUGUCCAGCCAUCCAUUGCUUGGCUCGGCACUGACGGCGCCAAAAAGGAAACGCGGCAGACCCAGGAAGUUGAGCGGCUCAUCGGACACGCCGAUCGGCGAGGUCGGCGGUCAGGAUUUGCAGUCCUGCUCUGGCGCUGAUCUAGUCCAGGGCUCGCCCGAGAUGAUGGAGAUGAAGAUGGGACUGGACUUUCAGAGCGAGGUUAGCGGUAACGGCAACGUGAGAGGCACCUCCUCUUCCAACAAUUCUGCAACGGCCGCCAAUAAUUCCUCUGCCGCCGCCACGGCCUCUUCGGGAUCUAUGUCGGCGAGGAGAGACGAGCCUACGGAGAACGGUACCGAUACGCCGGAACCGCCAGUCACGCGGGUCAAACGAGAACCGGAACCGACGCCCAGCACCUCGGCGCAAGCCUCGGAUGAGACAUUCGCGCGGCCGCACAGUAGGCAGGGGAGUGAUGGUUUCAAGCAAGAUCAGCUGCCGCCGCAGCUACCGAGCGACAUCACCUUCGAAAUCUGCAGCUCGUCGUCGCCGUCGUCGCCCGCCGCGCCUGCCUCGUCAGCCUCGUCCUCGGCGACGCACGCCGGCGACGACGAGAGCACCGGCGGCGCGGGCGCCUUCAUCAAGACCGAGAGGGUGGUCAGCGGUGUUCACUUCCUGACGGAUCGCACAGAGGAGGACCAGACCGACCUUUUGCUGCCCAAAUCGGAAGCAGGCGAGAACGAACCGGAGGUCAGGAAGCAGCUGCUGGAAUACCUCAUUCAAAACGACGGUUCCGUAGUCUGCAAGUGGUGCGGCGAGGUGCUCCCGUCGCGAACCCGUUGGUACAGGCACAAGUACAAGCUGCACGUGUCGACCCAGGUGGCCCAGCCGGCGCCGCUCUUCAAGUGCCACAGCUGCAAUACGUACUUUAAGUCCCGCAAAGGCUACAUCGGCCAUUUAAGUUCCCGUCAUUCGGACAAUGAGAACGACGAGAAUCGUGAGGAGCCGAGCAACAAGAAGACACGCAAGAUCUCCACCGACAUCGGCAAAGGUCCGGAUUGGGAGCAGCAGCGGGAGAAGGAAGAGAAGCUGGUGGCGGACAUAAUCGACCGGGUGAAGCGGGAGUGCGAGGCGCAGGGUGAAACGGUGACGAGGCGCGGCUACUCCAGAAGGUCCACGAUCAUGAACAGCUAAGGCCGAGCCGACCGCGUCGGCGACUUUCUCGAGGGGCAACCAUAUCAUCGUCGGGCGAGGCCCUCCUCGUGAUCCCGAAGAGGAGAAAUGACCGUUCGGCUCCUCCGACCCCGUCAGCGUCCCCUUCUUUCCUUUCUACAAAUAUAUAGAUAGCAAUCGUUAUUUUCGAGAGAACGUAGAGAACGGCAUAGUGAUUUCUUUAAAUACGAGGGAAAAUUAUACAGGAAGGGGCCGAAGGGGGGAGCGAACGUCUUCGGGUUUCGCGAAGAAGAUACGUUCCUGAUAAUCGAACGAGCUGAAUCGUUCGGGUGAUGUAAAAAUAAGGGGCACGGCUGCGUAUAUUUUUUUCCCGACCAGCUGUGGGUGAUGAACGUCGAUGGGCGACGUUUCCCAACGAUCGCUAUGAUCGUUGGGAAUCCUUGUAAAUAGAGAAACACUUUCUUUCGUCGCGUCGCAAAGAACUCUCGAUUAUUCAGGUCCUCUUUACUUGCGAAAGUAAAGGAUUAAAAUAUGGAAUUUAUUGCAAAAAUCUUACAAUUUAUCUUUUGAAAGAAUUUACGUCAAUUACGAUUGUUCGUAAAAUUAAUUUAACACAAAAGAAAUGUGGGAUGAAACAGUGUAUAUCAAAGAAUGCAAUCAAAACGAAAGGGUAAGACAAAUCUUUGCGCGAUCAAAGUUAGAAGUAAUUAAAGUCCCACAAUUAAUUAAAUUAAUAUGAUCCAAGAAGAGGUAAGUCGAAUAAAUUUUUAAUGCAGCGUCUAGAGCUAAAGCAAAAAUGACAAGCGAUAUCAAAGUAACAUUCUUAGACGUAACUGCAUAUAUUCGAUCAUGAGCGUUCAGCUUCUAGAGAUCCUUCGAAUUAAUUUAAUUUUUCUCGAUAUUUGUAAUUUUCACUUUUCUUUAGCGAUCGAUUCAAAAUCGCGUAAUCGAGAGUUCGAUACACGUCGCGUGAUUACGAGUGAAGAGAGUUUUCCUCGAAGAAGUGUAAAAGAGAGAAAAAGGGGAGGGGGGAGAGAGAAAAUCCAGUGCCAAAUGUAUAUCUUCCCAGGCGCACGGCGAUCGUUUGCUCAACAAGUGUGCGACCGUACAGUACCGAUCUAUUGUUUUUGCUAAUUUUUUGAUGACGUGUGUGCUCAGUCCCGCCCGAUACUGCGUGUCCACGCAAUGCCAAAGGCAGCAACGCCACGUGCGAGCGGCGCAAUAUUUUUCAUCUGUAAGAGAACGAAAUAUUAUUUUUAAGACGGAUUAACGAAUUAGCAUAAACAACAAGGUAUCGGCAGGAAUUCACUCCAAAAAAAUUGAAAUCUAAGAGAGAGAGAGAUUGACUUUGAAAAUACUUAAUAAUUUCUUCCCAUAAUACUUUUUCAUUCGAGAUAUAUUAAAAACCGUGUAUGUGUCCUUGUUUUUCUUUUUUUUUUUUUUCUAUGAAAUACAUCCGGUAUAUCUUGUGCGUGACACAGUAUGCAGCGUGUAUUGGCGGGCGUACAGAAUGAAUUGAAAGGAAUCUUAUCGAUAUACGGGUACCGUUUAAUUACAUCCACUCAAUUACGCAUUCUCUCCGAGUUACGUCACAAAUAUACCGGGUGCAUGGAGUAUAUCCGUGAAAAACACGCAGAACGUGCGGACACGCAUGCUGUUGCACUCGGAUUUAAUUAGAUCGACACGAUUAUUAGUGUCGCUAGCGGAACAAUAGAUAGAUAGAUAGAUAGAUAGACGAAUAUAUCUGCGCGUGCAUUUAAUCGCAAAAGCACACAGCUCCAAGGGAAACUUUAAAAAAAAAAAGUGAUCCAAAGACUUGAUUAUAUUUUGUAGCAUGUACUUUUCUACUCAAAAUAUUCUUGCUGUAAUCCUUAAAAUAUUAAAAAUUCUUUUAAGAACCAAUUGUUUAAAUACCGAUCCGGCUUCACCAAUAUAUGAAAUCGUUAUCGUUGAAAGUCAUUUCAAAGAUUACUCCUUACGCUGAAUAAUUCUGAUCGACUCUCAUUAAUUCCUAUUCGUUUUCAGCUUCCCUCGCGGACGUGGACUUUUAUGAUCGAGCGCACGCGAUGUACGAAAUAAGUAUGAUAUAAUGCGCGCCGGUCGGCGCCGGACGUGCGCGCGCGACGGGCGCAUUAUAUACUCGUGUAUUAAUCUCGCUGAAAAAAAUAUUCCAAGAAAGUCUGUCCAUUUUUUCGAAUAUCUCGAAAGUAUUUUAAUCCUCAUUAUCCUGUCUUUUUGCGCGCCAAAGGAUCGCGCAGUAUAUACAUAUUAUAGGAGGUCCUUCGUUAAUAAAAAUUCAGGACAGCCUGUAAAAAAAAAAAAGAAAAAGAAUCUCACACACCUUAAACACGCGACUAGCUUAAGUUUGGUGCUAAUGGACAAGGUGAAGGAAACACACACGUACACACAUAUUACACACAUACAGACGCGCGUUUCUUUGACGACGCGUGAAAACGCAUCGAUCAUUCCGGAAUUGUAAUUCCGCGGCGACGACGGGGUUUUCCUCUGUGACUCCGUUCGGCCGGGUGUUACACACACGCAAUCAUGUACAGGCGGACGCGAAGGUGUAUAUGUGAGAGAGUGCGCGCGCUAGUGCACGCGCCGCAUACCAAUCCCGUGGCCCGUGUCCGUGCCGCGAUUUUUUAGCGCACGUUGCGCGCGUCCACGCCGAUUCUCUCUUCCGCGAGAGAUCGCACGUUCGGCCGCGUAUUCGUAUAUACGCACGGCUAUAUAAACGCAGCGGCCGCGACCGGCUGCACGCUGCGUUUUAAACUCGCGCAGGGCGUGCACUAGCGGAAGAUAUUAUAUUCACCAAGCUCUGAUUCGAAACGGAGCCCCGGCCUCGUGCUUGAACUCCCUCUUAAUUAAUCUGAAAAAUCGGUCUUGAGUAAAUUUAAGAAACAUACACAAAAUAAAACAAGGAAUUUUAUGAAUUUAGGAUGAAUACGUACAACUGAAAAGAAAGUCACAAAGACCGAAGUUUUGGCAGGAAUCGCGCUGUGAUAGCGUCGCGUGCGUGUCUUCCCUCUGAAUUAAGGAUCUCUCCUUGUCCCCGCAUCUCUAUAAAUUAUUACACAGAUUCGAAUUUAUGAGCGAGUCACCAAAUUUCAGCCUGCAAACUGUUAGUGAGUAAAACGAGUUUUAGAUCUCGCGAAGGAAGAACCUCGCACAUACGUGCGAUGAGUUACGCGCGUGAGAAUUGCCGUUUUCCUGAAUUCUUCGAAGGAAUUUGGAAAAAGGUAUCUAGUUAACCAGAAAAAAAAACGAAAUUUCUAGUCAUUUCCCAUGACGCGCGCGAGUGCACCGAUAGGAAUUAUAUCAAAGCAGUAGUAUACAUGUAGCCGUAAAAUAAAAUAUUUUAUACUAUAUUUUAGAGUCUACGCGUGUGUGCGGAGAGUAUAGGAAAGUUGCGUUCAGUCUUUACCGGAAUUCAACUAUUGUGCCAAUAAUAAAAGUUUCUGCGAUCGACUAGAGUUUUACUAAUCGCGCGAUGUUUAUUAAUAGCGAUCCUAAGGAAGGAAAAAGAAGAGUACAUUAGACGAACCUCUUAGCUUAAAAACAGUGCUUCCCCAUAAAUCGCGUAGCGACUCCGGCUGUCUUAUCGAUGACCCGCAGGCGUCGAUAACAUUUUGGACCUUCCAUAAAGUGAUAUCAGUCGUCUUCCAUGAUAUCGCGUCACUGUAAAUACAGCGAUUUCUAUAGUCCCGUACUGAGGAAUUGAAAAUUCCGUGACGUUCCCUCCUCUGGCACGUUUCCUUCAGAAAAUCACAAUAAAUUUUUUAAGUAAAAGAGAAGAAAUAAAAAAUACAAAUUUUCCAAUACUCAAGAUAAGGGAUUUAAUUUUACAUAAAUUCUUUAAGUAAAAAAAAGAGAAAAAAUCCAAAUUUUUCAAUAUUCGAGACAAGGGAUUUGAUUUUACACGUAGACACUCCCCCUCCGAUCCUUCUCAAGUUCGAACGUUCUUCUUUCGUGAGAUUUAAUUAAUCGACCAGCGUGUGCGAGAUUAAUUAAGCAGGGAGGCGCGCGAGAGAUGUUGGCGGUGCACUUCAAUCUUCCAUAAAUGACUCUUAAAUGUUAAAUAAUACUAAUCAUAAGGCGUAAGAAGGCUGAGCUCGCGCAAGUUGUAUUGCGACUUGGGCGCCUGCCGGGAGUACAUUCGUGCGAGAAGAAUAAAUUAUUUAUUUGUUUACGAUAACGAAAGCGUAAUUCGCGAUUCGGGCGGCUCGCGCGCGAUUCUUCCUCAAUAACUAGUAUCGACUAUCGAACGGGCCGCGCAUUUUCAACACCCGCAUGAAAAAAAACACUAUUCUUUCUUUAUGCUAGAUAAAAUCUAUAGAAAAUAUACAUGAUAUUUUUUACGUGACAAAAUUCGCUUGAAGAAUUGUGCUUAGCAUCUUCGGUAUCGAACGAAUCUCAUACUCGAGAUGUUACGCCGUUGUCACCAAUAAAAUAUUAUAUUUCUGAGUGGUCGAGAAUCGUUAUUUUUACAUUAUCAGUAAAGAUUUUCCGUCGGAAUAUAUAAUUAAACCUUCAACAAGCAGAAAAACUCCUAGAAAUAAAUCAAUAUAUAUUUAGAAUGAUCGCUGAAAAAAAAACUGAAAGAAAAAACUUUCAGAACGACUUCAAUUAAAUUCCAAUUAACUUAUCGGCAAUUAGCUCAAUCGGCAGCGAAUUCAAUCACAUGAUGUGAAUUUCCAACUACAUAAUUCAUUGUUUUUAAUCUAAUCUUUCUUUUUCUGUACGUCAAACAACAAAAACAAUAAUUCUAUAUCCAUGUUAAUGAAAUAACGCCGAAAUCAAUCAUUAAGUCAAUCAAGUUAAUUCGGAGUCACUCCUGGUCGGGUCCUUUAGAUACUGUGCCCGAAUCCUGGAGAAAAUCCGGCGGGUUUUGAAAAUACGCAGCUCGUGUAAACGACUGGCGUUGUAAAUAUAAGCGCAGUGAGCGCGAGUUCGCCCAUGAAUGCGACCCGUCUAAAGGUGCAUGCGGUGCACGUGUACGUACUGUAAACGCGAAAAAA